UCAAAACAUGAACAUGUGUUUAGCCGGGAAAAUUUAUUUCUAUUGAUUAAAACUCGAUUGUGUAAUGCCUUGAAUUUAAUGUACAUAAAUAGCAAUAAUGUCGUUCCCAUUGAACACAAGAAGUUACUUGGAGCAUUUUUCGGAUAUUUUAAGUGUCAUAACAAUAACAGUAUGCUUUGUUUUAAAAGUUCCUCAGAUUUUUAAGCUUCUUCAAGUAAAGCAUGCCAAAGCAAUUAAUUUAAUAAGUCUGUUAAUGGAAUUAACAAGUUACACCAUUAUGUUAGCUUAUAAUUAUAGAAAUGGAUAUACCAUACUGAGUUACCUAGAAUACCCUAUAAUUUUAAUCCAAGAGCUUAUUUUAAUUUUGUUGGUACUAAAAUACAAAGGCUACAUGAAUAUGUAUAGUGUUUUUGGUUCAGGUGUAUAUUUCUCAGUAGUUGUUGGGCUGUUGCUGGGACUGGUACCAUUAGGAUUAUUAGCCUUUCUAGUGCCACUUUGCACACCAAUCGGAGCAUCUUCCAAAGUUGUCCAAUUAGUUGAGAUACUUAGAACAAAAAAUUCACAAUCUAUUAGCAUUUUAACAUGGUUCAUAUCAGCCUUUACAAAUUUCACCCGAGUAUUUACCAUAACCGUGGAGUCUGGAGAUUUGAGUUUGUUGCUGAAUUUUGUAAUUAAUACUGUGCUAAGCACCUCUGUGAUGAUAGCCGCCAUAACUUACAGAAAUGCCAAACCCGAUAGGGAAGUGAAGAAAAUCAAUUAAACGCCAAAAUCGUACAAUGACAAGACUAGUCAAUAUUAUAUAUUUGUGAUGUAGAUGAUGAGAUAUUAUGAGAUAUGUUACCCUCUCGCCUGAACUUUAUUGGUUUUGAGUUUUAGAAUGUAUUUUACCAAUUUUAAAUAAUAAUAAAUGUUAC